AUGAUGAGAGACAUCAAAAUACCAGACAAUUAUUACCUGCACAGUCUCAGCAACAACACCGCCAAUGGAUAUCCAUCGAAUCACUUUACAUCACCUUCACCACCGCGCACGAUAAAUUUGGCUGCUGCCACAUCGAACACGUCCACUGCCAAUGGUUUAACACACCAUUCUACCCUCCAUCCACAUACACAAACCUUUCAUCCACACCAUGCGCAUCACCAACAAAGCGUCAUACAAGCAGCAACAUCAAGUUGCCAGGAUGACUUAACCUACAUGCUCGAAUAUGGUUUUCAAUCGCAAUCAGUUCGCGCUGGUGUCAAUGGCAUGAGUCAACAUCAUGGUCUCAAUAAAUUGAAGAAGCCAAAAAAGCCCAAAUUGGAGAUGGGAGUCAAAAGAAAGAGCCGCGAAGGUUCAACUACUUAUUUGUGGGAGUUCCUGUUGAAACUUCUUCAGGAUCGUGAAUAUUGUCCACGUUUCAUCAAGUGGACCAACCGUGAUAAAGGCGUCUUCAAGCUCGUCGAUUCAAAAGCCGUUUCAAAAUUGUGGGGCAUGCACAAGAACAAGCCAGACAUGAACUACGAAACAAUGGGACGUGCACUUCGUUACUACUAUCAACGUGGGAUCCUUGCGAAAGUUGACGGUCAACGUUUGGUUUAUCAAUUUGUUGAUGUUCCGAAAGACAUAAUCGAGAUAGAUUGCAAUUCAACAUAAAUUUUAUUUAGUGAUGUGUUGAAGCUCUGGAUGGGUGAUAAAGCGUGUGAAUUAUACAAGAAAAUACACAAAAAAAUAAAUAAAUAAUUAAUUAAACACACACACAGACACACACUCAAAGCUCGUUGAUUUACCAUAGAUAAUUUAAAAUUUUUAAGAAGUUUUGAGAUGAUAAAUAGUGAAAACAAACUUGAUGAGAAUUUUUUGUUAAAUUAUGCAGAAAUAUACAAAAAAAAAGGAAGAAAAUGAGAGAUAAAUAGAAGAAAUAUAUUAUUUUGUAGUAAUUGAAGAAUUUUUAGCUGCAUUGCGAAUUUUAUCUUUUAAGUUUUUUCUGUAUCGCGUACUAAAUAAACACAAAUGCAAAAAAUAUCUCCUUCAAUAUCUUCUUAACUUAUAUCAUAGAAAUAGUUUUUAAUAUGAAAAGGAAAAUCAUUUUUCCAUUUUCUUCUUCUUCUUUUUUAAGGUGAAAAUCUGUUGAAGAUAUUUAAGUCAAUUUUAUUUGCGAUAGUAAGGAAUAAAUAGGUUAAUGUAUUUAAAAACAGAAACUUAUAAUUUCUUCCGUUUUCAAACGCAAUUCAAUGACCAAUUUUCAUUCAGUAAUCAACUAGCGAUAUCUCUUGAGAUGUGUUUUUAUUUUAAUUUCUUUUUUUUUUCAUUAAGUUUGCUUACUUUUUAUUUUUAUUUUUUAUGUUUUGCUGUAAAUUUAUGUGAAUAUAAGUUUAAGAAUUAAAUUGAUAUUAACAGGGAGGCGACAUAAGCUGAAAUUUCAGAUCGCUGGAAAUGUUGGUGGUAGUAAAUCAAUUUUCAUGAUUGCGAUGGAAAUUCCACAGACAAAAUAAAAAUAAAAAACACUCCAAAUCAUAAGUUUGAAAUUGUUUUUAGCUCAUAAUUUGUAAAUUCUUAAAUAUUUAGUUAAUUUGUAAAUUUUUGUUUUUAUAAACUUUUUUUCUUCUUUUUCUCUUCCUUUUUCCAAUUAUUAUAUUAAGUUGUAAUUUUUCUCUUUCGAGUUAUACAGAAUACAGUAAUAAAAAAUCUUUAACAACAAA